CAUCGCUUUCCGCUUGCUCAAGAGUCCGGUAAGGCCGCCGUGCAGCCUCGCUCCUUCUUCUCCCCUCCAACCUUUUCCCCCUGUUCUGCAAGCCCUUUCCGUCUCCUUCUGGCUGCUUCCUCGCGCAGGUGCUAUUUCUGAGCUUCCGAGGCGACAGAGCUGCACAAGAGCAGAGCAGAGCAUAGGGAGAGAGAGAGAGAGAGAGAGAGAGAGAGAGAGAGAUGAGGGAGAUCAUAAGCAUCCACAUCGGGCAGGCGGGCAUCCAGGUGGGGAAUUCCUGCUGGGAGCUCUACUGCCUCGAGCAUGGCAUCCAGCCCGACGGCCUCAUGCCCAGUGACACCUCGGUUGGGGUUGCCAAGGAUGCAUUCAACACGUUCUUCAGCGAAACGGGUUCAGGGAAGCACGUUCCGAGGGCCUUGUUCGUUGAUCUGGAGCCCACGGUCAUCGACGAGGUGAGGACGGGGGCAUAUCGCCAGCUCUUCCAUCCAGAGCAGCUCAUCUCCCACAAUGAAGAUGCUGCUAACAACUUUGCCCGCGGACACUACACAGUUGGAAGAGAAGUAGUGGACCUUUGCCUUGACCGGAUCAGAAAAUUGGCGGACAACUGCACUGGUCUCCAAGGCUUCUUGGUUUUCAAUGCUGUCGGUGGUGGAACUGGCUCAGGGCUUGGUUCAUUGCUUCUGGAGCGCCUAUCGGUCGACUAUGGCAGGAAAUCGAAGCUCGGUUUCACCAUCUAUCCUUCACCACAGAUUUCGACGGCCGUUGUGGAGCCUUACAACAGCGUGCUGUCGACCCACUCGCUGAUCGAGCACACCGACGUGGUGGUGCUCCUGGACAACGAGGCCAUCUACGACAUCUGCAAGAGGUCCCUGGACAUCGAGCGCCCGACCUACACCAACCUGAACCGGCUGAUAUCCCAGGUGAUAUCGUCGCUGACCACCUCGCUGCGGUUCGACGGCGCCAUCAACGUGGACAUAACCGAGUUCCAGACCAACCUGGUGCCGUACCCGCGGAUCCACUUCAUGCUCUCCUCCUACGCGCCCAUCAUCUCCGCGGAGAAGGCCUUCCACGAGCAGCACUCCGUCCCCGAGAUCACCAACUCCGUGUUCGAGCCGUCGAGCGUCAUGGCCAAGUGCGACCCCCGGCACGGCAAGUACAUGGCCUGCUGCCUCAUGUACCGCGGCGACGUCGUGCCCAAGGACGUCAACUCCGCCGUCCACUCCAUCAAGACCAAGAGGACCGUGCAGUUCGUCGACUGGUGUCCGACUGGGUUCAAGUGCGGGAUAAACUACCAGCCGCCGACGGUGGUUCCGGGAGGGGACCUGGCCAAGGUGCGGCGGGCGGUGUGCAUGAUCAGCAACAACACGGCCGUGGCCGAGGUCUUCUCGCGCAUCGACCGCAAGUUCGACCUCAUGUACGCCAAGCGCGCGUUCGUGCACUGGUACGUCGGGGAAGGGAUGGAGGAGGGGGAGUUCUCGGAGGCCAGGGAGGACCUGGCCGCGCUGGAGAAGGACUACGAGGAGGUCGGAGCUGAGGGUGAAGACGACGAGGACGAAGGCGAUGAGUACUGAGUGGAUCAAGUGUGCGCUCUUAUUUGGUGGCAGUGUUGUGCACUUCAUGCGGUUUGUUCUUCUCUGUCCCUGUUUUGCUGUUGCAUCUGUGAUGUUCGGUGGUUAGCAGAGUACAAAAAUUGUCAAAUUGGUUCGUGUGCUCAGACGGUUCGGUGCCAUCAGAAUUUGCCAAGUGGAGGUUUACGUAAAACUCAACGUAAGUCUACGUAUGUGUAGUAUUGCUCGUCUGUGAGGAAGGUGGUAUCGAUACAUCAUAAUAAUGAACGAAGAGUUUUUGUAAGAAA